AUGGCCAGUGUCCACAACCUGGCAAUAGGAGGCCCCAGAGCCAUCCUGCUGUGCCUCUUUGGGGCUGUCCUCUGCCUCAUAGGUAUUCAGACUUUUGAGUCCAGUGGGUCCCAAGCCCUGCAAUGCUACAGCUUUCAACACAUCUACUUCGGGCCCUUUGGCCUCAGUGGCAUGAAAUUGCACAGUGUCUCCUGUCUCCUCGUAUGCUCUGAGGUUGUCUUAUCCCUGAACAAUGGGUGCCGCGCCUCAGUGACCAUGGUACAGAAGGGCUGCUGGACAGGCCCGGCUACGGGCCAGAUGCAGUGGAACGACAAGGCGCUGCCGCCUGACUACUCGGUGGUGCGCGGCUGCGGGACCGACCUUUGCAACGCGAACUUCCAGACCCACGACUCCCUCCCCAGUCUGAGCCGAGCGCCCAACCCGCCGACGCUCAGCGGCGCCAAGUGCUACUCCUGCGUGGGGAUCCACCCGGAGGACUGCACCCCGGAGAAGUCCCGGCGGGUCCAGUGUCACCAGGACCAAAGCAUGUGCUUCCAGGGCAAUAGAAGCAUGUCCUUUGGCAAUUUCUCAGUCCCUGUGUACAUCAGAACCUGCCACCGGCCCUCCUGCACCAUCCAGGGCACCACCAGCCCGUGGACAAACAUCGACCUCCAGGGCUCCUGCUGUGAGGGGCACCUCUGCAACAAGGACUCCAUAAGCCUUCACCAGCGCCUCGGGCACCGUCCCUCCUGGGGCGCCCCCCCCAUCAUAUUCCUGCUCCCCAUGGUUCCCCUGCUGGUUAGCACUCUGGGAGGACCCCUCGGACUCUCCUCAUAG